CGUCAGCCUCUGUGACGGAGCGGAUCCCGGUGUCCAACUUUGACUCAAAUCAGUGAACUUCAUCAAGCAUUCAUCAUGCAGUGAGCGCAGGACAUCAACGUCUCCAAUCUCUCAGCGUGCACACGAUACGGGUCCCAAAUCGACACCUGACACCUGUCAUCAUGGUGCUCGUUCGAUUCGUCAGGGCUCGACCAUGUGCGCCCUCGAGACGAGCGCUCAGCGCUUCGUCGUUUAGGCCCUUGCUCGGCGGCGGCGCACUCACCUCACGGAGCCUGUCGACGGCUCCGUCUACUACUCCGUGCACCCGCGAUGGACGGCCCUUCCGGCUUGCUAUCAUCGGCUCCGGGCCGGCCGGGUUCUACACCGCUUACAGGGCCAUGUCCAGAAUCCAAGGCACCAAGGUCGACAUGUACGAGGCGCUGCCCGUUCCCUUUGGCUUGGUCAGGUUCGGCGUUGCCCCGGACCACCCCGAAGUGAAGAAUUGUCAGGAGAAGUUCGAGGAGGUGGCUUCCUCUCCCGACUUUACCUUCAUCGGAAACGUCUCAGUCGGCACCAAGAGCGACCACCCAGACGGCGCCACCGUUCCGCUGGCAAGCAUCCUCCGUCACUACAAUGCCGUCGUCUUCUCGUACGGCGCUGCCAAGGACAGGACGCUCGGGGUGCCCGGAGAGGACCUCAAGGGCGUCUACUCGGCCCGCGAGUUCGUUGGCUGGUACAACGGCCUCCCGGAGCACGCCGACCUCGGCCCAGACCUCACCCGGGGUGACGAGGCUGUCAUUAUCGGGCAGGGAAACGUGGCCUUGGACGUGGCCCGCAUGCUCCUCGAGGACGUCGACGUCCUCCGCAAGUCCGACAUCGCAGAGCACGCCAUCGAGACGCUGUCCAGGAGCAAGAUCCGGCGCGUGCACAUCGUCGGCCGCCGGGGCCCCAUGCAGGCCGCCUUCACCAUCAAGGAGAUCCGCGAGCUGAUGCGUCUCCCCUCGGUCGCCUUCCACCCUAUCGACACCUCCCUCGUACCCCCGGACCUCAAGUCCCUGCCGCGCGCCCCCCGCCGGCUCAUGGAGGUCCUCCUCAAGGGCUCCCCCACCCCACCCUCCAGCACCACCGCCUCGAACCAGAAGUCCUGGUCCCUCGAUUUCCUUCUCUCCCCUGCCGCCUUCCUCCCCUCGCCCACCGACCCAGCCCGUCUCGCUGCCACGAAAUUCACCCGCACCACCCUCUCCCCGUCCGCCUUUGACCCCAACGCCUACGCCCUCCCGUCCUACCCGCCAUCGCCGCCGGCCACGCUCCCCUCCGCGAUCGCCUUCCGCUCCAUCGGCUACCGCUCCACCCCGCUGCCCGAGUUCGCCCCGCUCGGAAUCCCCUUCAACGACCGCUGGGGCGUCAUCAGCAACGACGGCCGCGGCCGCGUCCGGCACGAGGAGCGCGGCCGGGACGCCGCCAUGGAGAUGGGCACCUUCCCGGGCCUCUACUGCGCCGGCUGGGUCAAGCGGGGCCCCACCGGCGUCAUCGCGUCCACCAUGGAGGACGCCUUCUCGACCGCCGACGCCCUCGCCGAGGACUGGCUGGCCCCCGGCGGCCGCGUGCCCUUCCUCAACGACGACCGGCCCGGCGGCGCCGUCGACCUCGGCGGCUGGGACGCCGUCAAGGCCGAGGUGCCACCCGACACUGUCGCCAGGGUCGUCCACUGGGACGGGUGGAGGAAGAUCGACGCCGCCGAACGGGAGAGGGGCAAGAAGGUGGGCAAGGAGAGGGAGAAGUUUACGAGGACGCGGGACAUGCUCGCCGUGCUGGCAUGAUUGGGGCGCACUGCGUACUGUAUAUUCCCCGAUUGAGAGAGAAAGUGUGUGGGAGAGGGAGAUAAAAAAAACGGGCAACAGGGAGAGAGAGAGAGGGAGAAAGAAGGCGAGAGAGUAGCGAGCGUACGAGAGUGUGCGCACG